AUGUUCGCUGGACCGCACGACCACCUCUCCGAGAAGGAGAUCCGCGAAGGCGAAGCACAAGCCACGGCGCAGGUGCAGUUCUUCGCCGUCGCCUGCGUCGCACUCUGGUUCUGUAUUAUGCUUCUCGAGAUCGUCCGGUUCGCGCAAACGGGACAGACGAGAAGCGGGAAAGAGGGCCAGAAACACAAAAUUUGUUUGAUAGACACAACAACACGAGCAAUUGAUUGA